AUGAAUCCACUUGAAGGUAUUAAAAACGUUAUUGCCGUUGCUUCUGGUAAAGGUGGUGUAGGUAAGUCUACAACCGCAGUUAACCUGGCACUGGCGCUUCAAAUAGAAGGUGCACGUGUUGGUAUCCUGGAUGCGGAUAUUUAUGGCCCAUCAAUUCCUCGCAUGUUAGGCAUUGAAGGUAAACCAGAUUCAUCUGAUGGUAAAUCAUUAGAGCCUAUGGGCGGUCAUGGUUUACAAGCUAUGUCGAUUGGUUUCAUGAUUGAUGAGGAAACACCAAUGAUUUGGCGUGGCCCCAUGGUGACUCAAGCCUUAGAGCAAUUGUUACGUGAUACGCGUUGGAAAUCCUUAGAUUACUUAAUUAUCGAUUUACCUCCAGGUACUGGUGAUGUGCAAUUAACAUUGGCGCAAAAAGUACCAGUAAGUGGCGCGGUUAUUGUUACUACGCCACAAGACAUCGCAUUAUUAGACGCGCGUAAAGGUCUCAAGAUGUUUGAGAAAGUUGAGGUGCCAGUAUUAGGUGUUGUAGAAAACAUGAGUAUCCACAUCUGUACAGAAUGUGGUCAUGCCGAGCAUAUCUUUGGUCAAGGUGGUGGUGAGAAAAU